ACGACCUGACCCACAAGCUGGCAGACAUUGUGAAGAUCAACAACCAGCUGCGGCGCAAUGAGCAGAACGGGGCGGCUGCCCACGUCAUCGCCGAGGACGUCAAACUGCUGCAGUUCCACGUGGCCACCAUGGUGGACAACGAGCUGCCCGGGCUGCCCAGGGCCAUGCAGAAGUCGGGGCGGCCGCUGAAGUCUCUGAAGCAGCGGCUGAAGGGGAAGGAGGGCCGCGUGCGUGGGAACCUGAUGGGGAAACGCGUGGAUUUUUCGGCGCGCACCGUCAUCACCCCUGACCCCAACCUCGCCAUCGACCAGGUGGGGGUCCCACGCUCCAUCGCUGCCAACAUGACCUUCGCUGAGAUCGUCACCCCCUUCAACAUCGACCGGUACGUGGCUGGGGGGGCCGUGGGGGGACACCUAGAGGGGGACGUGUCACCACUUCUGACUGUAGCUUUGCCUUUUGAGGUGUCUUUAUGGAAUUUGACUGUUUGGGUGUCAGGGUGUCUCCCCAUGGGUCUGACUGUAGUGUCGGGGUGUUUCCAGGUGGAGCGUCACAUGUGUGACGGUGACAUCGUCAUCUUCAACCGUCAGCCCACCCUGCACAAGAUGUCCAUGAUGGGGCACCGUGUGCGAAUCCUGCCCUGGUCCACCUUCCGCCUCAACCUCAGCGUGACGACGCCGUACAACGCCGACUUUGACGGGGACGAGAUGAACCUCCACCUGCCGCAGUCCCUGGAGACCCGCGCGGAGAUCCAGGAGCUGGCUAUGGUGCCACGUAUGAUCGUCACCCCGCAGUCCAACCGCCCCGUGAUGGGCAUCGUGCAGGACACGCUCACCGCCGUGCGCAAGUUCACCAAGCGCGACGUCUUCCUCGAGCGCGGGGAGGUGAUGAAUCUGCUGAUGUUCCUGUCGACGUGGGACGGCAAGGUGCCGCAGCCAGCCAUCCUCAAACCUCGCCCCCUCUGGACGGGGAAGCAGAUCUUCUCACUCAUCAUCCCUGGGCACAUCAACUGCAUCCGGACCCACAGCACCCACCCCGACGACGAGGACAGCGGGCCCUACAAGCACAUCUCCCCCGGGGACACCAAGGUGGUGGUGGAGAACGGGGAGCUGAUCAUGGGCAUCCUGUGCAAGAAGUCUCUGGGCACGUCGGCCGGCUCGCUGGUGCACAUCUCCUACCUGGAGAUGGGCCACGACACCACCAGGCUCUUCUACAGCAACAUCCAGACCGUCAUCAACAACUGGCUGCUCAUCGAGGGUGUGGGAUUUUGGUGCUCUCUGUGGGAUUUUGGUGCUCUCGGUGGGAUUCUGCUGCCGUUUUGGGGGUUUUGCUCCCAUUUUGGGUUUUUCUCGCUCCUCUCUUGGCUUCUGUGUCCCCAAUCCCACCCUGGGCUGCUGCAGGUGAUUGAGAAGGCCCACAACAACGAGCUGGAGCCCACGCCAGGCAACACGCUGCGGCAGACCUUUGAGAACCAGGUGAACCGCAUCCUCAACGACGCCCGCGACAAAACCGGCUCCUCUGCCCAGAAAUCCCUGUCCGAGUACAACAACUUCAAGUCCAUGGUGGUCUCGGGGGCCAAGGGGUCCAAAAUCAACAUCUCCCAGGUGAUCGCCGUGGUGGGGCAGCAGAACGUGGAAGGGAAGCGGAUCCCGUUUGGGUUCAAGCACCGCACGCUGCCCCACUUCAUCAAGGACGACUACGGCCCCGAGAGCCGCGGCUUCGUGGAGAACUCCUACCUGGCAGGGCUCACCCCCACCGAGUUCUUCUUCCACGCCAUGGGCGGCCGCGAGGGUCUGAUCGACACCGCCGUCAAGACAGCCGAGACCGGGUACAUCCAGCGCCGGCUGAUCAAGUCCAUGGAGUCGGUGAUGGUGAAGUACGAUGCCACGGUGCGCAACUCCAUCAACCAGGUGGUGCAGCUGCGCUACGGGGAGGACGGGCUGGCAGGGGAGAGCGUCGAGUUCCAGAACCUCGCCACCCUCAAGCCUUCCAACAAAGCCUUUGAGAAGAAGUUCAAAUUCGACUACACCAACGAGCGUGCGCUGCGACGGACGCUGCAGGAGGAGCUGGUGAAGGACAUCCUCAGCAAUGCCCACAUCCAGAACGAGCUGGAGCGGGAGUUCGAGAGGAUGCGCGAGGACCGCGAGGUGCUGCGUGUCAUCUUCCCCACCGGCGACAGCAAGGUGGUGCUCCCCUGUAACCUCCUGCGCAUGAUCUGGAACGCUCAGAAGAUCUUUCACAUCAACUCACGCCUGCCCUCCGACCUGCACCCCGUCAAGGUGGUGGAAGGCGUGAAGGAGCUGAGCCGUAAGCUGGUGAUCGUCAAUGGGGAGGACCCUCUGAGCAGGCAGGCGCAGGAAAACGCCACGCUGCUCUUCAACAUCCACCUGCGCUCCACGCUCUGCAGCCGCCGCAUGGUGGAGGAGUUCAGGCUGAGCGGGGAGGCGUUCGACUGGCUGCUGGGGGAGAUCGAGUCCAAGUUCAACCAGGCCAUCGCUCACCCCGGCGAGAUGGUGGGCGCACUGGCAGCGCAGUCCCUGGGGGAACCGGCCACGCAGAUGACCCUCAACACCUUCCACUACGCUGGUGUGUCAGCCAAGAACGUGACGCUGGGCGUCCCACGGCUGAAGGAGCUCAUCAACAUCUCCAAGAAACCCAAAACUCCAUCGCUCACGGUCUUCCUGCUGGGCCAGAGCGCCCGCGAUGCUGAACGUGCCAAGGACAUCCUGUGCCGCCUGGAGCACACCACCCUGCGCAAGGUGACAGCCAACACUGCCAUCUACUACGACCCCAACCCGCAGAGCACGGUGGUGGCCGAGGACCAGGAGUGGGUCAACGUGUACUACGAGAUGCCCGACUUCGAUGUCAGCCGCAUCUCUCCCUGGCUGCUCCGCAUCGAGCUCGACCGCAAGCACAUGACGGACCGCAAGCUGACCAUGGAGCAGAUCGCCGAGAAGAUCAACGCUGGUUUUGGAGAUGACCUCAACUGCAUCUUCAACGACGACAACGCCGAGAAGUUGGUGCUGCGCAUCCGCAUCAUGAACAGCGACGAGAACAAGAUGCAGGAGGAGGAGGAGGUGGUGGACAAGAUGGAUGACGACGUGUUCCUGCGCUGCAUCGAGUCCAACAUGCUGACCGACAUGACGCUGCAGGGCAUCGAGCAGAUCAGCAAGGUGUACAUGCACCUGCCCCAGACAGACAACAAGAAGAAGAUCAUCAUCACAGAGGAUGGGGAGUUCAAGGCACUGCAGGAGUGGAUCCUGGAGACUGACGGCGUCAGUCUGAUGCGGGUGUUGAGCGAGAAGGACGUGGACCCGGUGCGCACCACCUCCAAUGACAUCGUCGAGAUCUUCACUGUGUUGGGCAUCGAGGCGGUGCGCAAGGCUCUGGAGCGGGAGCUGUACCACGUCAUCUCCUUUGAUGGUUCGUACGUCAACUACCGUCACCUGGCCCUGCUGUGUGACACCAUGACGUCCAGGGGACACCUGAUGGCCAUCACCAGGCACGGUGUCAACCGGCAGGACACCGGGCCACUCAUGAAGUGCUCCUUUGAGGAGACGGUGGACGUGCUGAUGGAGGCAGCAGCGCACGGCGAGAGCGACCCGAUGAAAGGGGUGUCAGAGAACAUCAUGCUGGGACAGCUGGCCCCCGCUGGCACCGGCUGCUUCGACCUGCUGCUGGAUGCUGAGAAGUGCAAGCAUGGCAUGGAGAUCCCCAGUGCCAUCCCCGGCCUGGGAGUGGGCGGCUCCACCGGGAUGUUCUUCGGCUCGGCACCCAGCCCCAUGGGGAACAUGUCCCCCGCCAUGACGCCCUGGAACCAGGGGGCCACUCCUGCCUAUGGGGCCUGGUCCCCCAGUGUGGGCAGCGGCAUGACCCCCGGGGGGGCUGGCUUCUCCCCCAGCGCUGCUUCAGACGCCAGCGGUUUCAGCCCCGGUUACUCACCUGCCUGGUCACCCACUCCUGGCUCCCCUGGAUCCCCAGGGCCCUCCAGCCCCUACAUCCCCUCCCCAGGUGGGGCCAUGUCCCCCAGCUACAGCCCCACAUCACCUGCCUACGAGCCACGCUCACCUGGGGGCUACACCCCACAGAGCCCCAGCUACAGCCCCACCUCUCCGAGCUACAGUCCAACAUCACCCAGCUACAGCCCCACCAGCCCCAACUACAGCCCUACUUCGCCAAGCUACAGCCCCACCAGCCCCAGCUACAGCCCAACCUCGCCCAGUUACAGCCCCACUUCUCCCAGUUACAGCCCCACUUCUCCAAGCUACAGCCCCACCUCGCCCAGUUACAGCCCCACUUCUCCAAGCUACAGCCCCACUUCUCCCAGUUACAGUCCCACUUCUCCAAGCUACAGCCCAACCUCGCCCAGUUACAGCCCGACUUCUCCAAGCUACAGCCCAACCUCGCCCAGCUACAGCCCGACUUCUCCAAGCUACAGCCCCACCAGCCCGAGCUACAGCCCGACUUCGCCCAGUUACAGCCCCACCAGCCCCAACUACAGCCCCACGUCCCCCAACUACACCCCAACCAGUCCCAGUUACAGCCCGACUUCUCCCAGCUACAGCCCAACCUCUCCCAAUUACACCCCAACCUCCCCCAACUACAGUCCCACCUCCCCCAGCUACAGUCCCACCUCCCCGAGCUACAGCCCCACAUCUCCCAGCUACUCCCCCUCCAGCCCCCGCUACACCCCACAGUCGCCCACCUACACCCCCAGCAGCCCCAGCUACAGCCCCAGCAGCCCCAGCUACAGCCCAUCCUCCCCCAAGUACACCCCAACCAGCCCCUCCUACAGCCCCAGCUCUCCCGAGUACACCCCGACCAGCCCCAAGUACAGCCCCACCUCGCCGAAGUACAGCCCCACCAGCCCCAAGUACAGCCCCACCUCGCCCACCUACAGCCCGACCACCCCCAAAUACAGCCCCACCUCGCCCACCUACAGCCCCACCUCACCCGUUUACACUCCCACCAGCCCCAAGUACAGCCCCACCUCACCAACCUACAGCCCAACCAGCCCCAAGUACAGCCCCACCUCGCCCACCUACAGCCCCACCAGCCCCAAGGGCUCCACCUACAGCCCCACAUCACCGGGCUACAGCCCCACGUCGCCCACCUACAGCCUGACCAGCCCAGCCAUCAGCCCCGACGACAGCGACGACGACAAUUGAGCGUGGGGGUCCCUCUUAGGUUGUGGGGCUAACCCCCAAGUGUGUGUGUGGGGGGGGGGCUGCGGAUGCAGCCCUGUGGGAAUUGAACAGGGUGGGGGGGAAGGGGGAUGUGUGUUAAUUGGGGAGUGUCAUUAGUUAAUGAGUGGGAGACAGAUGAGGGUAAUUGGGGGGGGGGAGUGGGUGUUGUGAUGCACCCCACAGCAAUGGUGGUGGUUUUGGGGUGGGGGGAGCCUGUUUUUUUGCUUCUCCCCCCACCCCUUCAUUUACUUCGGUUCUUUUUGUGUUACUUGGGGAGAAAUUGUUGUAAUUCCGCUUUCGGGGGAAAUAAUAAAAGGUUUUACUGAUUUUCA